GGGGAAGGGUGUUGUCCUUGCCGGCUGCGUCGCGCGCAUGCGCAGUUGCCAGCGCUUGAGCGAGGGGAAGGAAAACCAAAACAAACUCCAUCGCUUUAUUGCUUUGUGUGACGCAGCCGAGAUAGCAGUGCGUAGCGUUGGUGGUCGUUUCUUGAAUUGUUGGUGCCAGUUUGGCAUUACAUUAGACUUUUCCAUUUUUAAAGACUUUAAUUUAUUUUAGUUACCGAACUCCGUGAUAUUUACAAGACUGAAAAAAUGAUGGAGGAAGAGAUGAUCAACGGCCACGAAAGUGAUGUGGCGGAGGUACCGCAAAAUGGCGUUGAAGAGAUUUCUGGAACUGUAGCCGCUAGUGUGAAUGGUGUGGACAAUUUGCAUGUUGAUAGCCGCAUUAAACGCAAAGCCAAGAGACUUAUUAAGCAGCUGAGCAAAGAAGUUGGCUCUAAUGGAACUGUCGUAACGUCUACGAGGCAUUUGAAGAACAGUCGGAGGCCAAGGAAUGGUUUCGGGCGGGGGCUACCUAAGAAAGGAGGUGCCGGUGGGAAGGGGGUGUGGGGCAAGCCUGGCUCGGAGCUGGUGGAAGUGGACGUCGACAUGAACGACCCCAACUACGACAGCGACUCCCUCGACAACGGAGACAUCGAGCUGAAGAGCAUCAUUCCUGAAAUGACUGAAGAAGAGAUCAGGAAAGCUGCGGAACCCAGUGUGUUGGAGUACUAUGAGCAUGGUGACACAGGCGAAGCACUUAUUGCCUUCGAAGAGCUCAAUUGUGGCUCAAAUAGGUAUAUGCUUCCCUUGAUAGCAGUGGAGAUAGCAAUGGACCACAAACCCUCCCACCGCGAGAUGACAUCCGUGCUCAUCUCUGAUAUGUAUGGAGAAGUUGUGACCCAGAAGGACAUUGCUAAAGCUUUCGAGAAGCUUCUGCAGAAUCUCCCAGACCUUAUCCUGGACACGCCUGACGCCCCAGUUGCACUCGGCAACUUCAUUGCCAGGGCCAUCGCAGACGACUGCUUGCCUCCCAAGUUUGUCGUCAACUCCAAGGACAAGCUGGACUGUGAGCAUGCCAGGCAGGCGCUGCUGCGCGCAGACACCCUCCUCUCCAUGAAGCACGGCAUGGUGCGCCUGGACAACGUGUGGGGGGUGGGGGGCGGCCUGAGGCCGGUCAAGUCCCUGGUGCGCCAGAUGAACCUGCUGCUGCAGGAGUUCGUGAGCUCGGGAGACUUGCAGGAGGCUCACCGCUGCCUGCUGGAGCUGGAGGUGCCCCACUUCCACCACGAGCUCGUCUACGAGGCGGUGGUGAUGGCCAUCGAGGCCAUCAGCGGCCCGGUGGAGGAGGCCAUGUGCCGGCUGCUCAAGGUGCUGUGCCAGGCCGUGGUGGUGACUCCGGACAUGCUUGAGCGCGGCUUCCUGCGCGUCUACGAGGACAUGCCCGACAUCUGCCUGGAUGUGCCGCUGGCCUACACCGUGCUCGAGAGGUUCAUGGAGCGCUGCCAGAAGGCCGGCUUCCUCGGCGACGCCAUCAUUCGCAAGAUGCCGUCCAGGGGCCGCAAGCGUUUCGUGUCGGAAGGCGACGGUGGCCGCAUCAAGAGCCACGACCUGGUGUGAGGCUGCAGCUGUAGCCGGGGAUCGGCAUUCUCUCGCUCUCUCUCUGUGCGGGAGUGCCCGGAAUUCUUCCCACUUUUGGAUUUGGUGGCAUUUUCCUUUGUGUCCUUGCUCCUCCUCUUCCUUACCACUCUCUCGUAACUUUUAUUCUGAAGUAUUUUCUUCCUCUUCAUUCUGUACUUAUUAGUGUGAGUUUGUGUGUGUUCACUGCAUUUAAUUUGUGUAAAAUUUGUAUUUUUUUUCAUCUCUUUCCUCGUUUGUUUUUGUUUUAGAUAUACCACAUGUAAAUACUACAAUUGGGUGGUGUAAGGGAAUUGUAAAUUCAUAAGUUAGAUAAGGUCUGUUUUAAACAAAUGCUAACAGUUUUGAACUUUCUAGGCUUCGGCAUAUUUUUAUUUUCUGUACUUUGCUAAUUUGGUUGUUUAGGACCAGAAAAAUUAUCUGGUGAUUAUUUCAAGGGUCUAGAAAAAUUACAUAAAUUGUGUGCACUUGUACAAAACAGCUAUUUUGAUAAAGAUGUUUUCAAUACAUAUCCUUUUUUUUUAUUAAGUGCAAUUUGCUAUUUGUUGAAUUGGCAACGUACAUUUGUGUUUUUAAAAGAUGAGAUGCUAGUAUUUCAUAAUGCUUGGUAGUAAAAUUCAUUUAUGCAUAUUGAAAUGUUUGGUUUUGCAAUAGUGUGUAACAGUCAUGUAUUUACGGCCUUGUACAUUGCACACACAAAAAAAUUGAGUUACUGGCCAUGUAGUUUAGCUAUACUAUAAAUUAGUGAAAGCCAUUGUUGGUGUUGCAGUAUAUUUUCAUUUGUAUUAUAUCUUUCUGGCAUGUUCAAGGUAUACAAUAUUAAAUAAGCAUAGGUUAUCAAAUGUUAUUUUUCUUGAAGUUACAUUUUGAUUUUGGAAGAUUGAGCACUCACACUUAUUGUUAAUGGGAAUUAUUUAAUUUAAAAGGGUGUGUUGUUUUUUCAUGCUAUAUUACUCUUUGACAAUGGUGCAGUGUGAGUUUCAAUGAAAGUAUUUCUUUAACACUUGUGAUGCUGUAACUAUGGAGCUGUAAAAUUUACUGGAGCACAUUCUUUCCACUUGAAGUACAACUAGUUUGUAAGUCAAUAUCUAGUAUGUCCAAGGACUCGAGAAAAUUCUCAUGUAUUGCUUCAUUUUUAUUUUUACUGGUAAUGUUGUUUCAUGUAUAUAUAAGGUUAGGGAUUGAUACUGUAGCGUGUGUGUGUUUGCUUGACUUGUGAUAAAUUUAGCAUGCCUUGCUGAAAUAAGUACUUUAUUUUGUAUGGAAAACUGAUUUUAAAAGCAGUUAUUCGAAAUCUUUUUAUUAAGUGUAUGCAAACAAAUUUCAUGCAUAAAGCACGGAUGGAUGUAUUUGAGUUGACAGCGUUGCAAGAACAUGUAAAAUGACAAAGCUGCAAACAUGUUUAGUGGAUGCUGUCUGUAAUAAAAGUGAUAAAAAUCAAUGUAA